GAAGUCUCCCGCCUUGGACUGAGAGAGAGAGAGAGAGCUCUGGGAAAGAGGAAGCUGGCGCUCCGUGGGGCUUUUGUGCGGCAGGAGUAGUGCUCAAGAUGGCGGCCUCGUCGUCGUCGGUCCAAGCCCAGAGCGGGAUCCUCCUCAGCGCGCUGUGUCCAAAAUUUCUGCAUACAAACUCAACCAGUCACACCUGGCCUUUUAGUGCUGUAGCUGAACUUAUAGAUAAUGCAUAUGAUCCAGAUGUAAAUGCAAAACAGAUGUGGAUUGACCAAACAGUUAUAAAUGGGAACGUAUGCUUAAUAUUUAUGGACAAUGGAAAUGGUAUGAAUGCAGACAAAUUACAUAAGAUGUUGAGCUUUGGCUUCAGUGACAAGGUUACACUGAAUGGUCGUGUUCCAGUUGGAUUGUAUGGGAAUGGAUUUAAAUCAGGAUCCAUGCGUCUGGGAAAAGAUGCCAUCGUUUUCACCAAGAAUGGAGAAAUCAUGAGCGUGGGCAUGUUGUCUCAGACCUUCUUGGAAGUUACAAAAGCAGAACAUGUAAUUGUUCCCAUAAUAUCUUUCAACAAGAAACGGCAAGUAAUGAAUCUGGAAGAAUCAGCAGCCAGCUUGAGGGCUAUUUUGGAACAUUCUUUGUUUCCCUCAGAAGAGGAGUUGCUUGCAGAGCUUGAUGCCAUUAUAGGGAAAAAGGGGACACGGAUCAUUAUUUGGAACCUUCGAAGGGAAAAAAAUCAACAAACCGAAUUUGAUUUUGGUACAGAUAAAUAUGAUAUUCGGAUUCCUGCAGAUUUAGAUGAAGCAACAGGGAAAAGGGGCUACAAAAAACAAGAGAGACAAGAUCAGAUUACUCCUGAAAGUGACUAUUCGUUAAGGGCCUACUGCAGUAUUUUAUAUUUAAAGCCAAGAAUGCAGAUCAUUAUAAGAGGACAAAAAGUGCAAACACAACUGGUUUCCAAAAGCCUUGCCUAUAUUGAACGUGAUGUUUAUAGACCAAAGUUUUUGGCUCCCAGAACUGUAAGAAUUACCUUUGGAUUCAACUGCCGAAAUAAAGAUCACUAUGGAAUGAUGAUGUAUCACCGAAACCGGCUAAUCAAGGCUUAUGAAAGAGUUGGCUAUCAGCUGAAGGCAAACAAUAUGGGUGUAGGAGUAGUGGGAAUUAUCGAAUGCAGCUUCUUAAAACCAACCCAUAAUAAGCAGGAUUUCGAUUAUACUAAUGAAUACAGGCUCACAAUACAUGCAUUGGGUGAAAAGCUGAAUGAUUACUGGAAUGAGAUGCAAGCAAAGAAAAAAGACUAUCCCUUGGAAGUGUUAGCUGAAGAUACCCAGAAGCGGCCUGAUCAAACCUGGGUUCAGUGUGAUUCAUGCCUGAAAUGGAGGAAGCUUCCAGAUGGAAUUCAUCGGUUGCCAGAAAAAUGGUAUUGCUCAUACAACCCUGACCCUCAGUUUAGAAAUUGCAAUGUGCCUGAAGAACCUGAAGAUGAUGAUUUAAUACCAUAUGAAAAAACACAUAAGAAAAAAGACAGAGAGAAAUUAAAGAAAAGACUGGAGUUUAGCCAACAGAUUUAUAAUGAAUUGUAUUUACCAACAUCAUCUGCCUUGCCAAAUACAUCUCCAGCAGUUAAUGAAAGAUUGCAUACAGAUGCUUCAAAUACACCUAUUUCAAGGUCUCUAAACCCAUCAGAUAAUGCCCCGGUAUCUUCUCCUCAUUCUGACCACGAAAACAGGUUUAAACGCAAGCUUUCUAAUCCUGAGACCCCACUGCCUUUUAAGAUCACGCGUGUGACUAGCCAAGCAUUUGAAAACAGAAAGAAAAAUCAGGUUGAUGAUGACGAUGUCAUCAUCUUGGAAGAGAACAGUACUCCAAAGCCUGCAGAUAUUGCAGAGUGUGAUAUCAAAAUAGUAAAAGUCGAAGGUGGCACUGAUAUCAACUAUGAGAUCGAAACAGAGAGUGCCCCAAACAAAGAUGCUUGUUCUGAAGCAAAAUGUUCAAAAGGAACUGUAGCAACGCAAACUGAAAGGGAACAAUCAGAAGUAAAGAAGGAAGAUGUGAAGGACAACGCAGAUAAUAAUCUGCCCAUUUCAAAACCCGAAGUAACCUUUGUAGAACCUGUUCAUGUUUUAGACCCUGCAUUUGUGGAUUCAGAUAAAAGACCAAAUGAAUUGAGCAUUAAAUUGCAGUCUACCACUAGGGAAAAAGAAAACUACCAAAAGCAGUGUGAUACGUUAUUAAAAGAGUUAAAUGAAUUAAAGCAAAAACUGGUGGAAAUGAAUGAUAAGUAUAUGAAAAAGGAAAUGUGCCAUCAGUCAACAGAAACUGAUAGUAUACUACCAGAUGAUGAACUAAGACAAAUUAAAGAGAGAAGUCCAGAGGAGGUGUUAAUUCUGUAUGAACAAGCAUUGAAUGAGGUAAAACAAUUGAAAGUACAGUGCAAUACUCUGAAGAAUUUAAAAAAUGAAUGCAAUAAAUGUAGAGAUAAUGAGAAUAAAAGUGAAGUCGAUGACAUGGCUGUGCAAAUAGAUGAUCUUUUCAGACAGCUGGAUGAGUGCAGUGUUGAGAAAGACCAGUACAAGAAUGAGAUUGAACUACUGGAAAUGGAAAAAAACCAGCUGCGUCUUCAAUGUGAAGAAUUAAAAGAAGAAGUCACUCAGCUAAAAGCUUCAGUUCCACAAGUGGUUUCACAUUCAAAUGGCCCUGUGGCUGGUAGUCUUGAAGAUCCUGUAAAUUUUUCUGAUGGGGAAAGCCUGAAGCUGAGAUCCCUACGAGUUAACGUGGGAAUGCUGCUGGCAUCAAUAAUGCCUGAUCUCGAUUUGCAACAAAUGAAUUAUGACGUUGAUGUUGUUGAUGAGAUUCUAGGUCAAGUGGUUGAACAUAUGAACGAUGAAAUCAGCAGUGCAUAAUUUUCCCUCCUGCAAUUAAAACACAAGUUUCUCCUAACUCCUGUUUUAUGAUAAUGUUUACAGCCUGUACAGACUGUUCAUCUUAGUGCCAAAUGCGAUGUACACAUAAACACAGCAUUUGAAAAUUUGAGGUUAUUUUUUUAGUUCUCAUUUACUACUAAGAAUCAUUGUUUUGUUGGGACUGUGACAUUCAAGGAAAGGAAGUAGGCAUUUCCUGCUUCCACCAUGGCAGAUACUUUCUCCAAAGUCUCAUUUCCCAAAAGAGAAACUGUAUCGUUGUCUGUACGAUCUUGAAUUAUGAAGAAAUCAAGGAAUGAUAUUCAUCACCAUGUUUGGUGGACAAAAAGGAGUGAAAUCCUUCAUGCAGUCUUCAUGUGGAAAUUUGAGGCACAUCUAUUAACUAAAAGGCACAUCUGAUUUCAUUCUUAUUUUAAACAAAGAGCUUAUGACUCAGAGCUCACUGCAGAUGUAUUGGGUUGCUACCCUUCAAUUUCAUCAUUUCUUACAGAUGUAUUUAGUUUUUAUAUUACAUUCAGGAGCUACACAAAGACAAUAUAUGCUGCUGUAUGCCUUUCUAACCCAUUUUUAAGAUGAACAGUGGCAAUAUUGUCAAGUAGAAUUCUAUCCCCUCCCCAAUAACUUGUAUUUUAUAGAGGUUUAUGAAUAUUUCUAAGCUUUGAUACCGACAAUGUAUUAUAACACUGUUUAAAGUAUUGCAACAUAAUUGUUAAAAUAUACUACAUUCAUUUAAUGAAAAGAUACAGAUGUUUAGCGAAAUCAUGUGGUUUUGAGGAGUUAUUUUUCCGUACUUUUUUUUUCACUACUCUUGAUGUAUUCUUCAGUACUGGAAUGUACUGUAAAGUCUGAAUAAAAACUUGUCUGUAUGGAGAAUAUUAUUUAAAUUUAUGCUGUACAUUUACUUUUUGAAUGAAAGGGAAAAAAUGAAAAUAAAAUUUUAUUUACAUGAAACAAAUCAAAAUAUUUAUAUUUUCUACAAAAUGGGGGCAUUCUUGUUUUCUAUGUAACAAGAAAAAAGCAAAUGUGAGUUUUCCUGUUAAGCAGACACGAGGGGAUUUUUUCUUUAUAUUUGUUUUUCUCUGUACUUUUUGCACAGCUUAAAAGAAUUGUAACUGUUUCAUCAUGUCAGGAAAAUUUAUACUGUAUCUUAAGGUGGCUCAGAAAAUUAGAUGGAGUUGAGCAACUGCUGCUGUCCCAUCGGGGGAAAAGUCCACAUCUCAAACCCUACUAAAAUUAUAGUAUAAAAUAUACUAAAAUUGGCUUACUGUAGCAUGAUAAUUCUUUCACAAGGAGUUUUUGAGGGGAAUCUGUACAUGGUAUUAGUUUUAUUUAAUUCUUGCAUCAGUCCUAAGUUAUUUUGAGAGAUUAUGACCAGCUUAACGUUAACUGGACAGAGAUGAUUUGAAACUUUGUGAUCCUCAUCUUAUCCUAAGCACUCUAUAAUGUUGUCUAAAAAGUGAUCUAUGGACUCUGGUUCACUGAGACUCUUAUUUCUCUUAGUACUGCAUUGUUUAGAUGUCUUAGAAUUUUAGCAGGGUAUUUUUAAAUAUUUUUAAUUCAACAAAGCAUGCAUAUAUAUAUAUAUAUAUAUAUAUAUAUAUAUAUAUAUAUAUAUAUAUAUAUACACACACACACACACACACACACACACACACACACACAUACACACACACACACAUACAUACAUACAUACAUAUAAUUACACAAUAAUAAUAGAGCAUGCAAACAAGUUUUUAAGGUUAUAUGUUUUUAAAACUACACAUCUACAAACACCUAUUACAAGUACCUAUUAAAAUAGAUUGUAAACACAAAAAUGAAACACAUGAAUCAACAACUUGCACAAAACUCAGAAUAAACAAAUAAAUCACUAAUUUAUAAACCUCAUUCUUUAUCUGAUGAUUCUCUCUUAUUAAUCUACUUUUAUAUCAUAUAGUCACAUUUCUAUUUUUAAUGACAUUUUCUAAUUCUAAUUUUUUUUCAUUGUGAGAUUUUUCUCAUUAUUAUAACAAAGUGGUAAAACAAGUCCCAAGUCUUCCUUAAAGUUGGACAGAUAUUUCUACUUGUUCACCCUAAUCAGAUUGACAAUUAAUUCACAAAUCUCCAUCAGCCAUCAUCAUAAUACUUCAUCUUCGCUUAUCCAUAUGUUCCUUCUCCGGGCAUUUGAUGCCCCUAUUAGCAGGGUAAUUUUAAUAAUUAUUAUUGCCUAUGGGUAGGAAUAGUUGGGCUACACAUCACUUUAAAAUAGUGUCAAAUAUCUUUACUUCCAUCCAACUCAAUGCCUUCAUUCUCUAUCAAAAUCUAAUCAUAAAGUCCAGAUUUUUUUCUGCCUAGAAAAGAACAAUUUAUACCAACAGCUUGGAUGUUGAAGGCCAACAGCAUAGAAACAGGACUGCAAGCUUUAUUGACAGCCCCCCUAUCACUCAGUGAUAUACAGUAUCCAUUGCUGGUCUGCCACCUCUGUUGAUAAUCAAAUCCAUCAAAAGCCUUAUUUAGUAUAUUUAUUUAUUUAAUUUAUAUACCGCUCUUCUCCCCCAGGGGGACCCAGAGCGGUCUUGUACUGCCAAGGCAUUGCAAUUAUGCAAGGCCAGCAGAGAUGCCAAGAGAAGGUGACAGUAGCUGCUAUUCAGGUUGUGCAGACCCUGUGGAAGAGCAGCUUCCAAGUGAAGUGGAUGAAGAGAAAGCCACUGAGACCUUUCUUGAGACUUCAAAAACCAGUUUAUUUACCAGCUGGUAAGACUGCUGGAAAUCUGUUCCAAAUGUCAGAGCCUCAAACAAAGGGAAUUUGCUUCUUUUAUCCAUUCCUCAGUUACAAGCAGGCAAAGAUACAUGUCUAGGUCACAAAGAUAACCUUUAACCCUCAACAUAUAAUAUAUACAUCAGUUCUUAAGGCACGGUUACAGAUAAACAUACUUUCAGCCCAUCCAUCAAGAGGCCCUACCAAUUUGAUUAUGGUGGGCACUGCAGUUAGAGAGAUGCUGACAAGCAUGCUGACGAGAGAGACUAAAUUAAGGGUCUGGAGAACAAGCCUUAUUACUAGGCAAGUUUAGCCUGCAGAAGAGAAGGCUGAGAGGCGACAUGAUGAGGGCCAUGUGUGAAUAUGUGAGGGAGAAGGGAGCAAGGUUGUUUUCUGCUGCCCUAGAGAUUAGGACGUGAAACAAUGGCUUCAAACUAUAGGAAAGGAGAUUCCACCUGAACAUUAGGAAGAACUUCCUCAUUGUGAGAGCUGUCCAGCAGGGGAACUCUCUGCCCCGGAGUGUAGUGGAGGCUCCUUUUUGGAGGCUUUUAAACAGAGGCUGAAUGGUCAAGGAUGCUUUGAAUGUGAUUUUCCUGCUUCUUGAAAGGGGGUUGGACUAGAUGGCCCACCAACUUUAUGAUUCUAUCACUUUCCUUCCAUUAGGCUCAGUGUCAGCCCAUUCCCUGGUACUUGGAAUUUACAGAUAACAGAUCAUUCCUUUGCUUUUACAUUGAACAGACCUCUUGAACAUUCUUUUGCCUUCUAGCUACUGCAUCUAAAAAUCUAAUUUCCUAUAUUUCAGUGUGCUUAUCCAUACAAUAUACGUAUGUGCAGGGCCAUAGCCAGGAAAAAAAUGGGGAAGGGUUCCAUAAUGCAAAAUAAUUUAGAAAUCAGUCUCCAUCGAUAAACUUCAGUGGACACUCAAGACAGACAAACUUCAUUGGACAUUCAUAGGGAUUUGGCUAACCAGUUAAAAUUCAUGAGUAAACCAGUUUUUU